AUGGAGAUCAUUGUAAUGACUGCAAACAUCUUAGACAUCGAUUGCGGACAGAUCUUAGAAGUUGAUCGUCAUCUUAAGCAUCAAUCUGGUCACUGGCGAAGAUCGAGAGGAUGGUACAACAACAUAUCUAAUGAUUCCAGGACUGCUGUAUGGGUUGCCAACAGAGAAGUACCCAUUGUGGAUUCCUCUGGUGUUCUAAAGCUUACCCAAGAAGGCGUUCUUGUCCUCAACCACGCAGAUAGCAUCAAAAUCUGGUCUUCCAAUUCAUCAAAAUCCUCGAACAACCCAGUUGCAGAACUCUUGGAUUCAGGAAAUUUUGUUUUGAGAAAUUCAGAUGAUCAUAACCCAGAGAAUUAUUUAUGGCAGAGUUUUGACGAUCCAACAGACACGUUUUUACCAGGUAUGAAGCUUGGAAUCAACAACGUUACUGGACUAGACAGGUACCUGUGGUCGUGGAAGAGCAGUGACGAUCCAGCUCGAGGAGUUUUUACGUACAGGAUUGAUCCUCAUGGGUUUCCACAGCAUUUUCUGAAGAAGAACUCUGUUCAGCAGUUUCGUUCUGGACCAUGGAAUGGUCUCUGGUUCAGUGGCAUGCCUAGGAUAUCUUCAAACUCCAUUUACAAUUUCACUUUUGUGUUGAAUGAGAAGGAGAUUUAUUUCACUUAUGACCUUCUCGACAGCUUGGUUGUCUCGAGGAUGGUGUUGAAUCAAACUGGUGAUCUGCAGUUCAUGAGGUGGAAUUGGAGAGAUGGGUCAACCAAGAGUUGGGCCCUAGAACUAACCACUGAAAAGACCAAUUGUGAUGCUUUUUCAUUUUGUGGUGCUUAUGGUCUCUGUACUGUGGGUAACUCACCAGAAUGCCAGUGUUUGGAUAGAUUUGUACCAAAAUCCCCAAAUGAUAGAGGCACAGAAGCAGAUGGUUGUGUUCGGAGAACACCCUUGAAUUGCAGUGCUAAUGGAGAUGGGUUUUUGAAGUACUCAGGGGUUAAAUUGCCGGACACACGAAAUUCAUGGUUUAAUUUGAGCAUGACUCUUACGGAAUGUGCGACGAUGUGCUUGAAAGACUGCUCUUGUAUGGCUUAUGUGAAUUCGGAUAUAAGUAGACGAAGUGGAUGCUUGCUUUGGUUUGAUGAACUUUUUGAUAUUAGAGAGUUCUUUUAA